CUGUUAAAGAUGGGUGCCUACCGAAACAGGUUUUAAACGUGGGAAGGAACUCCCUGGCAGUGUUUAACGUGCAGUUCCCUGUUUUGGCCAAUGCUUGCUGCGCUACAGCAUGACCACAGCAGUGUCUGCUCAUCUGGUAGUUCUGGCAAAUGAAAAUGGAGGAGGUUUCAAUGUCCAGCCUGGACAACAGCAAGCUGGAGGCCCUAGCGCAGGACAUCCUGUCUGACCUGGUGGAGGAUGCGUGCCUGGGUCUUUGCUUUGAGGUCCACCGGGCUGUAAAGCAGGGCUAUUUUUUCCUGGAUGACACGGACCAAGAAAGUAUGAGGGAUUUUGAAAUUGUGGACCAGCCAGGACUGGAUGUGUUUGGCCAGGUGUACAACCAGUGGAAAAACAAGGAGUGUGUAUGUCCCAACUGUAGCCGGAGCAUCGCUGCCUCACGCUUUGCUCCACACCUGGAGAAAUGUCUGGGGAUGGGACGUAACAGCAGCCGCAUAGCCAACCGCAGAAUAGUCACUGGUAAUAACGCCAACAACAAGUCAGAGAGCGACCAAGAAGAUAAUGACGACGUCAACGAUAACGAUUGGUCUUAUGGGGCAGAAAAGAAAGCCAAGAAAAGGAAAUCUGAUAAGAAUCCAAACUCGCCAAGAAGAUCCAAAUCAUUCAAGCAUAAGAACAGCAUGAUGGGUCCUAGACGUCGUAUGGACAACCAGGAGAGCCCACGCAUGCUGAUGAAAGACGAGGCAUUCUCACAAUAACGCAAAUGCACAUUCUCUUACCAUUGUGUGUGAACAUGCACACAGAGGCACGCUCACGGGACGACCAACAACACUUCACCUUUGGUUCUUCAUGUUGUGAAAUGAAUGGACGUUGAUGUUACACCUUUGUGGUGUUUGCUGCUCUGCAGAAGCAGUCCAGAACUCCCACCUUAUACUUGACAGAUUUAUUUUUAUUCAGAAAAUCAUUGUACCAACACUUGUUUGUUUUUUUGUUUUUUCUUUAGUUAAUUAUCAGUUGAAAAUGAUGAAUAUCACCAAAUAUGAUUUUCGCUGCACAGAUGUAAACUAUGUUGUACUUCAUUCAGUAUUUUCCUUUUCCUAAAAUACAGAAAUGAUUAGACAUUAAUGUCCUUAUAUUACCUCACAUUUUAAAAUCUCAUUCUUUAAAAAAAAAAAUAAUAAUGUCAAAGACAAUCAUUGCUAAUGGUUUGUCUUUUGUUUUCACCUUCACUCUCAGACUGAGUUCUCAAACAGAAUUACAACACAAGCAUCGCUGUCGUUCACCUGUGGAAACUUGUUUCAAAAUGUUCAGUAUAUGAACCCCCUAAAUGUAGAAGCAGGUAUUUGCUGCAGAAAGCAGGUUUCUUCAUUUAUGUUUCAUUUUUGGUGGAUAGAUUUGUUUUCUAGCAUUCGAAUAUGUCUUUGUAUCAUGUGUUUACAUUGUAAAGGGUUACUUAAGUCCUUGGUGUGUGAUGUGAUAGUGUAAAUAUUCUAAUAGUUGAAUUGCUGCUAUCAUGGCUCAGUUUGUUUCAUCUGUCUAGCAUAAUAAAUGAUUUGUUAUCUG